AUGUCGAAUAUUAUUCCUGCACCGGGUUGGAGUUCUCUCCCCGAAGACAUCCUUUUCAUGAUCUUCGACUUUGCCAAACACGACAUCCAACUGAAGACCGCAACCGAAAGUUAUCCCCACACAGAGUCCUUCCUCCUCCAGUACUUCACCGUCUGGGCUCCCCUUUUGUUUGUUUGCCGACACUGGAACGAGGUCGCGAGCAAGAUGGCCCUGCUGUGGAACAAGAUCGGCGUGGCGGAUUCAGCGGUUGAUCAACACGGUCAGCUUAUCGUCCGGCCGGAGCAGUAUUUCCAGUACUUCCUUGUCUCGGUCUUGCGCUCUUCUACGGCCCCCCUCCAACUCUACUUCGCUGGCUCCACGCUUCUUCGCCGUGCCCUCCCUGUCAUUGAACAACAUGCAUUCCGUAUCAAGGUUUUGGUCAUGGCGGCGAGCGACGAGGCGGAUCGCCAAGAGGUAAUCCACAAGCUGUUCGAGCUCUCGUUCCCUGCUAUCCAGCGUGUCGAGCUCUACCGCUCGCCGCAGGCAGAGCUGCAGAACCUGCACCCCGACCUGCCGCCGAUGGAGCUCAGCUGCGAACGCUACCCAAGUCUGCGCACGCUCCACAUCGCGCACACCAACCUCACCUCCACCACGGCCUUCCGCACCCUCCGCGUCUUGAACCUCCGGUGGUGCGCUUUCGCCGACGGCCCAGCCCUCUCUGCGGCCGCGUUUCUGCACUGCAUCGCCGCCGCCCCGGAACUCGAGAUCCUGGAUUUGACACGCACGCUCCACCGGCUGCAGGACGACGUCCGCAAGGACAUCCCGCUCGCGUCCCUCCCGCGCCUCCACAGCCUCCGGGAGGUGUCGCUCACCGACGCCCCGGAAGUGAUCGCGGCCUUCCUCUCCUGCUUCGUCUUCCGAGAAGACUUGUCGCUCAAGAUCGACCUGGACAUGCACACCCGCGACGAACUCGAGACCCGCGAAGAACUCGUCGACGCGUUCAAGUCGGCCUUCCCGGAGAACCGCGACGCCCACCUCCCCGUCUUCCGCACGCUCGCGCGCGGCGAGCUCGAGGAGUUCGACGGCCACAUCACCCUCGUCGCGCACGGCCCCGUCGACCCCACCCGCGCCGCGCCGCUCGGCUCCGUCCGGAUGACGCUCAACACCGACGCGGACCUCGCGGAGGACUACUGCGCCGAGCUCUACGCGGACGACUUCCUCGAGACGUUCGCGGCCGCCUUCGCGCGCGCGCCGCUCCGCCACCUCGUCCUCAACGGCGAGUUCUACUGGGACGGCGACGAGGAGUUGGCGAGGACGGCGCCGCUGCUGGAUGUCUUGCGGGGGUUCCCGGACGUCGUCGCGCUCGAGGUCCGCGGCGUGGGAUCUCCGUUGCCGCUGCUGUUGAUGUUGCGCGAGCUGGAUCCGCAGGAAGACGGUUCGUACGCGCCGAUGGUGUGCCCGAAGCUCGCCGUGCUUUGCGUCGAGAUGUCCUGCGACAGGGAGUCGGACGCGGUGCAUGGGCUGUGCCAUGUGCUGUACAACCGUGUCGUUCAUGCGCGGCGGCCGAAGAUGGCGAGUGUUGUGUUCAAGCUCAAGAGGGACGAGGGCGACGAUGCUGUUGUGCAGGAAUGUGAGGUGAUUGGGAACAAGAGGCAGUUGGAGGUGAUGCAUGCGGAGUUCGUGGAGCAUUUGGAGUGGGAGGUAGUCUAG